AUGAAUGCUCAAACAUUUGUAUAUAAUGAAAAUUUCUAUAAAAAACUUGCUUUAACAAUCGCGAUUAUUCGUGCAACACCGUCACAUAUGACACCUAGAGAAUAUACAAUACAGUUACAAAAUAUUUUACGACAAAAUAAAAUUCGUCAAGCUUCACAAUACGAACAAGUUCUAUUAGAUGUUCGUUCACUUCGGAAAUCUCUUGCAAUAAAAAUACCAAUAAAAUGUUUUGAUUUACUUGAAUAUCAUAAAAAUUUUCUUCAAAAUAUUUUCAUCGUAUCAACUGAAUUCCAUAUUGAAAUACAAAUAAUUAUUAUUGAAACUAUCGAUCGAAUAUUUCAACUAAUAAAAGAAAAUUUUUUCCGAAUACAGCAAGAGAAAUUUGAUGCUGUCAUUAAACAAACAAUUAAUACUGUUCUAACUUUUGAUAUUGUACCAAAUAUUCAACAACAUUCCAUUCAACAUAUACGACAAUUUAUUGAUUUAAUAUUGAUGCAUCUGAAACAAUCAACGGCGAUUACUAAUGCACAAGCGUUUAUCGAACAGAUUGGUUGUUGUCAAUCUUAUUUUUUAGUCGUUUUCGAACGCAUACUUGCCGAAUUGCUCGUCUAUUUUGAUAAAACCGAUUUCGAUUCUACAUAUGGCUUAAUUCUUGUUGAUAUUCUUCAAAAAUUAAUAUCAUCCAAUGGUAGUACUACAGUGCAGCAAGUAUUAGAUAAUGAAUCGAUUCGUCAACAAUUUCAUGAAUUACUCUAUACAUGUUUAGCUUUUAAUAAUAAUGAUAAUUCAUCAUUAGUUAUUUAUCUUUGGAAUAUUUAUGGACGAAUUUUAUAG